CAGUGUGUGGAUAUUGUUUCUUCAAAGAAUUUUCUUGGAUGGACCUUUAAUUUGGUCAAGUCGUUAUCAACUUUACUUUUUUGACAGUACUGUAUCAUUACCACCAGAUUACUACCAUCGUGAUGCACGUUGCCAGUGUUCGUGUUUCAUGGGUAUAAAAGCAUCACAAUCAUUCACUGAAAUUAAAACCAGCAUCAUCCAUACACAGAGACAGCAAAUUAAGCAUUAAUUAGGUAGCUAGAAUUUGAAAAAGCCAGAGAUGGUGAGAACUCCAAGUUGUGAUAAGAAUGGUCUUAAGAAGGGAACAUGGACUCCUGAGGAAGACAAGAAGUUGGUAGAUUAUGUUACCACUUACGGCUGUUGGAACUGGAGACAACUUCCCAAGCAUGCAGGGUUAGCAAGGUGUGGAAAGAGUUGUAGACUGCGUUGGAUAAACUAUUUGCGACCGAAUGUCAGAAGAGGAAACUUUAGCCAAGAAGAGGACGAACUAAUCCUAGAUUUGCAUCAAUCGCUGGGAAAUAGAUGGUCUACCAUCGCAAAACGUCUACCAGGAAGAACAGAUAACGAGAUUAAAAACCACUGGCAUUCAUCCCUCAAGAACCGUUCAACCAACUUUAAAUUAAAACCAGCCGUAGGAAACAAUUUGAAAACGGGUAGUGGUAAGGAAGAUAAGUCGACAAAUGGAGAAUUCAAUAUUGACUCAUUGUUGGACGGUGCUACUCACACCAUACUUGAAAGCACUCCAAUUCUUACAUCUCCAUUGCCAUCAUCAUCCAUUAUAUCAUCACUUUCUCUCAGUGAUUGUUCCGGAAUAAACUUCAAGAGUUUUGGCGUGGAAGACGACGCAUGCUCUACGCAACUGAUUGGAGAAAACAGUUGCGAUUUUUGGACCCAACCAUUUUUGCAAGAUUUCGAGGGAAGUGCUAAUUGCUCAGCUGAUGAUUUCAUGAAUCCUCUUCGUGAGCUUGGGAUUCUAUAUCCACCAUGUCCCAUUGACGAUGAAGAAAGUUUCUGGUUUUAUGGGUUGCACAUGGCACAAACAGAUGAAGUUCAGUUGUGAAACUGAAAAGUGACUGCAAUUCUCAUUGACUCUCAGCUUCUUUCCCUAUUCAUCUAAAAAAUAUUUAGUAAACUGCCCAAAGACAUAAACCUGUUAUCGUUUGUGGGUUCGACCAAGACCACCAUCCAUAUGGUAAUACCAGUCUUCUAUGACAAUUUUUUCGCAAGCACCAUAUCACCACCAUCUGAAGCAGUGGUGGAGUAAGGAUUUUUUUUCCCAUUCAGGUGUUGAUCGAGUUUUUAUCAACUCGAGGUUUGAAUGUUUGGUUCGGAUCACGCUUUAUCAGUAAAGUCACUUUUUUUUCAUAUGAAGCUUUAAAGUUUCUAUGAUUAGUUUUUCUACUGUAUAUUGCUAAGACCAAUUAGAACUUUUAUUUUCCAAUAUGUAAUACAUGUUAUAGUGAUUAUAAGUUAAUAAUACUUUAUAACAA